GGAGAUGACCAGAGACUGCGGACAGUACAGGAGAUGACCAGAGACUGCGGACACGGUACAGGAGAUGACCAGAGACUGCGGACACGGUACAGGAGAUGACCAGAGACUGCGGACACGGUACAGGAGAUGGCCAGAGACUGCGGACACGGUACAGGAGAUGACCAGAGACUGCGGACACGGUACAGGAGAUGACCAGAGACUGCGGACACGGUACAGGGGAUGACCAGAGACUGCGGACACGGUACAGGAGAUGACCAGAGACUGCGGACACGGUACAGGGGAUGACCAGAGACUGCGGACACGGUACAGGAGAUGACCA